UUGGAUGGGCCAUAAUAUGUUAAUGCUUAACGAUAGCAAGACGGAAUUUUUGAUUAUCGGUUCCCGUCAGCAACUCGCAAAGAUAAGUAUGGGCUCUGUUCAAGUCGGCGAUUCUGAGAUUGUGUCAACCUCGUCUGUCCGCAAUCUUGGGGCCUGGUUCGACAAGAAUAUGUCAAUGGAUGCGCAUGUUGGGAAGGUCUGUAGUAAGGCCUUCUUUGGUCUUUACAAGAUUAGGCAAAUAAGGAAGUUUCUAUCGGAGGAUGCUACCAAAACUUUGGUUCACGCAUUCGUCACCUCUCACRUGGAUUAUUGCAACUCUCUGCUCUACGGUGUUUCGCAGUACCAGCUUAAUCGCUUACAGCGUGUACUCAACGCUGCAGCACGUGUCACGUGCCUUCUUCCACGAUACUCCCACAUCACUCCUGUGUUGGUUCAACUUCAUUGGCUUCCCAUUGUCUCCCGGAUCAGAUUCAAGAUUGCGCUGUUGGUUUUCAAAGUUCUUCGUGGCUGCGCUCCAUCUUACUUAUCUGAGCUAUUACACUUGAAGGCUCCUGGGCGCUAUGCUCUGCGUAGUGACRAUMAACAUCUCCUUGUGAUUCCACGAACGAACUGUAAAACAUUUGGUGACCGAGCAUUUGCGGUAGCCGGAACAGUUUACCAUUAUACAGACGCAAAUCCAGUGACUUGCAGACUUUUAAAGCUAACUUGA